AUGAGAUUCGCCAAUAUUUUUUUUCUGACCGUGUCUUGGAUGACAUUGGCGGACUGCAAACAAUACAGAUUCGACUACGAGUACAAAAAAGAGGCUGGUGGCUGGCUGAAGUACCAUCCAGUACCGGCCACCUUCACGGAUGCGUUCCUGAGAUGUCAUGCUGAAGGGUCAGUGGUAGCAUCUCCGCUAAAUGAAAAUCUUCAGCGUGCCAUGGUGGAUCUAUUUAAAGGGCGCAGUGACACUUGUGGCAUCUUCACGGGUAUACACGCAACAUUAUCUAAGGGAGAUUUUUCUUCCAUCGAAGGAGUUCCAUUAUCUAAUAUACCCAUUGAAUGGGCACCCAAUGAACCAGACAACUAUGGGAACAACGAAGACUGCAUCAUCAUGGUGAAUAAUGGCACCCUGGCUGACGUCCGCUGCAAUGACACUUUCCCCUAUAUUUGCUAUAACAAGAAGACAGCUGGUCCGGUUUUAUCACCUUGUGGAACCAUGGACCCAGAGGGAGGACACCUGGCCAUCAUCAAUAGUGCCGUCGAAGUGCAGGUCAUCAAAGACCUCUUCUCUAAAUACCCGAGCGGUAAAAUUAUAUCAAGAUUCAAAGAUCUCGCCUCCAUUGGCUACUAUGACUGGGGCGAACACGGUGUUUGGUACACAGUUCAUGGUCAAUCUCUCGUGGAAGCUGGAUAUUCAACCUUUUCAAGCGGUCAGCCAGACAAUAACACUAACUAUGAUAACGGCUCAUUUUGCGGCGGGGUGUAUCGCACUGGUCUACUAGACGACGUUUGGUGUAGUGGUGCCCUAAUGCCAUUCAUAUGUGAAAAAGAAUCUAGUAGCUUAUAAGUUGAUAGAUAAUAAAGAUUCGCAUUCUCAUCUCUUUUUUAUUUUAUAAUUUUGUCUGCUUACCAACCUUCGCAAUGCUUUUUUAUAAUACAGGACCGGUGCUCUAGGUGGUUCAAUUUCUUCUUUUUUUGCCCGUCUGAACGCAAUUACCCAAUAACAUAUUUGCUAUAAU